AUGAAUUCAGACACCUAUUCUCCAGAACAUUAAACAAAGGUUCUAAAUGAGUCCUAGAUGACGAAAUUACUCUUACCAUAAAUAGAUAAUAAAAUACCAGUCUAACAGGAUAACUCAGUCAAUUUACAAUAAUCAUUUCAAUUUUAUGGACUUAUGGAUGAAAAUCUUGGUUUUUAACAUAAUUUUCUUCACGAAUAAUCAUUUGAAUAAAAUCAUGAAAAAAAAUAAAUAUCCCGAUAAUUGACUUAUUCUUAGAAUUAAUUUUAUCUUAAUCAUUCACCAAGAAGACGAUAAUAUUCUUUUUAAAUUAAUAAAAACUUUCAAAGCAACUUAGAUAUAAACAAAGAGAAUGAUUUUUCAGACGAUGAGAUUGAAGAAAGCAUUUCAAAUUUUGAAAAAAACAUUAUCUAAAAAGAAAAUGAAAUCUAAUAAAUUGGUGCCUCACAAGAUUCAAAUCCUUUAUUAACUUAAACUAUUUAAGAAGUCAAAUGCAAAGAGUAUAUCUACUGCUAGAAAUUUAAAGCCUGUUUUAUAGUUAUUAGGGCAGUGCUUAGAAUGAUUAUAUUAGUUAGACCAUUAAAAUAAAAAUGGACUUUAAAUUAGCAACUAUAUUCUUAAUUAAUUAAAUUGUUUAAAUUUAAGGAUAAAUUAGUCUAAAACAAAAUAAAAUAAUGGACUUAAAUAUCAUUGACUAAAGUUCUAUCUGUUUUAAGAUAUUAAACUCUUAAAUAAUGGAAUUUUAUAGAAGGAAAUAUUGAAGAUUUCCAAAAAGAUUUGGCUAUAACAAAUUUUUUAAAUUUAUGUUCUCAUCUAAUUUCCAAUCUUGAAGUAAUGACAUAACCCAUCAAUUUGUUACCAGAACUUGGAUAUCAAUCCUACUUAGAAUAAUUUGUCGAAUAUAGAUCAACCUACAACAUUUUUGUUACCAAAAGAACUGGUUAUCUAUAAAACAAAUACUCGAAAAUCAAACCUAUUGAAAAGGCUAUGAUUGCAACGGAGUGUUCUUACUAACCGAAAAUCAAAAAAGUUUUUAAUGCAGAUGAUCAAAAUAUUUAAUUUUUAAUUCGUGGAUUCAUCACAAUUCUUCAAUAAUUAUUCAUAAUGACUUUUUCUGAUAUCCCGUAGGCGUAAACAUUGAAUACCGAAUUUAAAUAUUAAUAGAUGCAAAUUGGUAGAAACAAAUAUGGGAUGAUAUUAGUUCCCAUUCAAACUGAUAUGGAAGAGUUUUAUAAAGGAACUUUUAAACUUGACUAAUUAAGAUCUAUUUUUGAAAGAAGAGGGUGGUUUUCGAAUCUGGUGAAAUAGUUUAAAAAGGUAGUUCGCAACAUAUACUAGCAGAAAAUUUAAGAAUUAUGA